CAAUCAGCGGAGAAUCAACUUGCUCUCCGCGCAGCGAUUGGCUGGAAGUCCGCGGCCGCCCGCCCCGCGGCGCCGUCGCGCUGUCUCCAGUCAAGGCUUUGGGAGCCCGGCCGAGUGCGGCUGUCUAGUCUGUUCCUGGGGCCCGGCGUCCGCGAUACAGCAGUGCUGAAAUGGCAGAGCCGCAGCCUGCCUCCGGAGGCCUAACAGACGAGGCCGCCCUCAGUUGCUGCUCCGAAGCGGACCCCAGCACCAAGGAUUUUCUAUUGCAGCAAACCAUGCUACGAAUUAAGGAUCCUAAGAAGUCACUGGAUUUUUAUACUAGAGUUCUUGGAAUGACGCUACUCGAAAAAUUAGAUUUUCCUACUAUGAAAUUUUCACUCUAUUUCUUGGCUUAUGAGGAUAAAAAUGACAUCCCCAAAGAUAAAGAUGAAAAAGUGUCAUGGGUGUUCUCCAGAAAAGCUACACUUGAGCUGACACACAAUUGGGGCACUGAAGAUGAUGAGGCCCAGAGUUACCACAAUGGCAAUUCAGACCCUCGAGGAUUUGGUCACAUUGGAAUUGCUGUUCCUGAUGUACACAGUGCCUGUAAAAGAUUUGAAGAACUGGGAGUCAAAUUUGUGAAGAAACCUGAUGAUGGUAAAAUGAAAGACCUGGCAUUUAUUCAGGACCCUGAUGGCUACUGGAUUGAAAUUUUGAAUCCUAACAAAAUGAGAGCUCUCGUUUAGUACUAUGAAGAAUGCUCCUUUGAGAUUUCAGUGAAGACACAGAUUGAAAAAGUAAACAACGUGAUUGAAGAUACUCAGAUAACAGAAGCAUCUAGAACUUAUGGGUCAUUGUUGCGAUUCAAAUUAUUCUUAAAUCCAUUUUCCUUUCCUAUUUCAGCUGGGGUUUUUUCUCCUAACUUUUUAGUCAUUCUGGUUUUAAAGUAAUGCUUUAUAUUAUGCCCUUGAAUAUAGUUGUGUAACUUUAUUUUUUAGUUAAUAAUUAGAACAGUUCCUUUCAGAGGCUGUAUUUACUUGCCUUCUAUCUCCUAAAUAAUACGUCUCUUCAAGUC